UGGUUCAGUUGGCACUACUGGAACGUCCUGCUUUGUCCUGGUUCAGGUUUCACAUAAUGGUCCUCCUGUCCCUUCUCUUCCCAGCACCACCUACGUGUGUAAGCAGCUCCUGUAAGAAGGCUCCCCCGCCGGUCCCUCCGCGCACUACCUCCAAGCCCUACAUCUCUGUGACGGUGCAGAGCAGCACUGAGUCGGCCCAGGACACAUACCUGGACCAACAGGACCACCGCAGCGAGGCCAACAGCCAAUCAGGACGCAGCAGCAACUCUUCCGACAGCCUCUACAGCCUGCGUACAGGCAGCCUGGCCAAAGGCUCUCAGCCCCCGGCCCCAGCUGCCACCCCAGCCCACGUCGCUGCCCCUGUCCCUGCCCCGAGGGACCCCCACCCACCCCCUUCCUCCAGCACCCAGUCUUUGCCCCAGGUCCAGCCCCAGAAUGACACCCUAAACCCAGGCCCCAGCCUCACCCCAGACCAGUCCCUGACCCUACCAGAGCCUGUUCCCACCAAAAGGAAGCUCUCAUCUAUCGGCAUCCAGGUGAGCCCAGGAAUCAAUUUUCUAAAUUGGCAAGACCUGGGUUUUCAGUAUGAGUGUCUGACUUACUGGAAUGUGCUGCUACACAGAGGAUGUGUAGAAUGACUCAUUCAUUGUAAUGGUUGACUCGUAGGUGGACUGCGUUCAGCCAAUCCAGAGAGAGGAUCAACUGCCUCCUUCGACCAAGUUCCAGUCUAUUGGAGUGCAGGUGGAGAACGGCAGGCCGUAAGUCUCAAUCAGCUGUUCAGAGCCACUUGCGUAAUGGUCAUUUAUCAUUUUCACAUUGGAGACCUUGACACUUUUCAGUUACAUUUCCCACACAAUCUCUAAAUUUAGCUGCUACACAUUUGUGUUUGUGCAUCUCCUGCUGUGUCAGCCAUUACUUUUCCAUCCAUCCACACCCUCUGCAAUCCCUGUUUCCUCCCUCCAUCCCUCCCUCCCUCUUGGCAUGGCUUCAGCAUGUUUGCUCCAGGCAGUUGCCAAGGUCACUUAGCAGUCACACUGUGAGUUAGCGCUGGCAGACAGUAGCAGCAUUAGUGUAGCGUCUCUCUUUCUGAUUGAUGGCCUGUUUCUCUUAUUUUGGCCACAGUGGAGGAGGCAGAGUGCUGUGAAGAACUGGCCAUUUAAAUAGCCUAGUGCAGAGUAAUUCCCCCUAAUCACAUGUAAGUCGCUCUGGAUAAGAGCGUCUACUAAAUGACUAAAAUAUAAAUGUAAUUGGUUGGACUCUGCUGUUCUUCUCCCUAUCGCUUAAAGCUGUAAUCCAUCUGCCUUUUUUAUCUUGUCCUCUCUCUCCCCGUCCAUCUCUCGCAUUCUCUCUUUCUCGCAUGCUCUCUCGUCUUGCCGUCUCUGCAUUUACUGGAAAGGCAAAGAGACAGGCAAUGUGCUUUCAGCUCCCCUCAUCUAUCAGUCAAACUCCACUUCAUAAUGAUGUCUUACUGUGUAUGCCUGUCGUUGGGAGAGGAAGUCUGACCUAGGUAUUGGCUUCAUAACUGUCCUUGGUCUAUUUAUUUAUUAUGUUACUAUUUAUUUGGGAUACAGAGGAACAGCCUGUUUAAAGUGUGUGCGUGUGACUCAGACCUAGAUUCAAUCAGAUCAAGCAUAAACAGGCAAUAUCCGGCACCCGCAUAGACACCGCCAAAACAUCAGCUGAGGUGUAACUGCAUUGGAACUGUCAAAUUGGCGAGCAGCUGCUCUUGUGAUCAUUGUCACGAAGCCAUGCCUGUCCCACUGGCGUUAGAAGUUCAGAAGCAGAAAAAUUAGGCAACAUAGAAAUAUAGUUCCACCUCAGAUACCGGCAAAACAACCGCUAUGCGAAUGUCGGCUAGUGCGGAUCUGAUAGAAUCAAGCCCUCAGUGUUCCAGUAAUCUCUGGAACACAGUGCGGUCAGAGGUAGCGCAGUGAUGUGUUGGUCGUCAGGCCCCAAGGUCGACCUUUUCUACAUCCACAGUAAAUGAUCUCCAACCUGCACCAAUACUAAUCCGUGUGUGUCCGUCCAGACUCAGCCGGGCCAGCAGCAUGGCCUCCAGACAAGACACAGAGACAGAGCCUCAGGACUCUAAACAAGACGCCCCUCCCUCAGAAAACAACAAUACAGUCAACCGCAACAGCCAGCCGCUAGACCCCGCCCCCGCUGCUUCCAACGGUAAGGAGCAUGCGGUGGUGCGGCAGCCCCCUAAACAUCCCCCUGUCCCGGCUAGAGCAUCCGCCUCCCUCCCAGAGAGCCUGGACCCGGCCCUGGAUCCCUCCUUCCUGCCCCCUCCGGACCCCAGCUUGGAGAGUGGAAACGGCAGUGCCCAGGGAGAUGCGGCCACGCCCACCUGCCUCCGGAACGGCAACUGGUUUCUCAAACUUCUACAGGCUGAGACGGCACGCAUGGAGGGCUGGUGUCAACAGAUGGAGCAGGAGACCAAAGACAAGGACAUCUCAGAGGAGGGUACGAGACAGACAGUACACCAUACUCACUCUAACUAGCUAAAUGUAUACGAGACAUACUAUACUCACUCUGAUAGGAAUACAGAGGUUUUCAGAGAGUAAGAGAGUUUAUCAUACUCACUGUAUAGAGUAGACCAUAUCAGUUCAAUAGCAGUAUUUGACUGAAGGAAAUUAGAGAAUCUUUUAUCAGUUCUCUAACGUGGAUUUGGCAUUGAAAUUAUGACGUCCUCCUUGUCCCUGAAACCCAAAGACAACAGACAGUCCUUAUCUGCUCCUGUCUACUGUGGGGAUUGGAGAUGACAGGGCAGGACAUGCUAAUGGUUAGCGGCUAACACUGCUCAUUACCUAGUGGACCGGAUCUUCCCUUCAGUCUUCUAGAGCUACUGCAGACAUUCAUUUCAUGUCUUUGAUCUGUCUCAGGCAGGCAGAUAGAUAAUAUACCUCCGCCUGCGUUGCAGGGAUUUAAUGAAUGUGUAAUGAACACAAUUGACUCCCACAUCAGAUUAUUAAUCAGCUCUUUUCUCAGUGGACCUGUACUGUAUGGAUUUACUUUAUUAUGCAAUUGUUAAGACUGGUUUAACAGUGUAUAAAGUCCUUUAAAAAAGUAUAUUUAUUCUAAGGAUUAAGUGUGUCACCAGCAAUGUAAAUUCCACGCUGAAUGAAAAUGGUCAUAGAGGACCAGGAUUAAUGUCACAUAAUCAUACAAUUUUUAACAGCAUUUUACAGAUAAACUACAUUAAUUCACUAAAUAUUGGUCUCUGUGCCCAUUUUGAAGAAUGUUUAACUACAGUACCUGCAUGUUGUUGAGGUUGUGAUGGCUGACUGGCUGUUAUGUGUGUAGUGAUGGGGACGGUCCGCAGUGCAGUGGGCAGUGCCCAGCUCCUCAUAGCCCAGAAGUUCCAACAGUUCAGAGGACUCUGUGACGAGAACCUGGUGAGUGGCACUAACCCUUCAAAAUCCCUGUUAAUCUGGCACAUUUCAGUACACUGUUUUGAGUCUCGGCAUGCAAAGGUUGAGUUGUUUAAGAGCUUCCCCUGGUGUCAAAAUACAUGCAUACCAAAGGGAGGCAUUCGUCUGCUAGGCAAUGAGGCAACACACACCCAUCUCUGUUAUGAAUUACUCAUAUUGGUGCUAAAUCUUCCUGAAAGUGAAUAAUGUUAUGAUUUAAUUUGUGAUUUAGUUAAGUGUUAUACACCUACCAGUGCCUAGCCCACAUGGGCUUACAAUACACUACUAAACACCAUACCAUUUUCCUUGUACUCAAAAUAUAUUUGUUUACAAAUUAUAUGCAUAUACAAUAAUCAGGGCAAGUACCGAUACCAUCUAGCCACACUACACAAGCGGUACAUUUCUCCUCCUCCAGUUAUGUAAUGUCAAUGUGUCUAGACAAGCCAAUCAGCACUUCACAUUUUAAACCAGCGCUGUCCUUCUUCCUGUCUGUUAGAAUGUGAAUGCCAACCCUCAGCCCACAGCUCAGGACCUGGCAGGGUUCUGGGACCUGCUGCAGCUCUCUGUAGAGGACAUCAGUGUCAAGUUUGAUGAGCUCUGGCAACUCAAGGCCAACAACUGGCAGCUGCCGGAGAAGAAGGUAUUGGAAUCACGCCACAUUUCACCUCAAUAGAUCCUGUUUACAUCCUAACAGAUAUUCUUAAUGGGUUUGCAUUGUUUGCUUUGCAACGUCUCUUCAUCCUAGUCUCAUCCUCAGGAAGAGAAGAAGUCUGCACCCCCCUUUGUGCCAAAGAAGACAUCCAAGCCCAAGCUGAGCCCUGGGAAGGACCGGAGCAUAGACUCGGCGAUGGACAAGCAGCGGCAGGAGGCCAGGAAACGCCUGAUGGCGGCCAAGCGUGCGGCGUCCGUACGACAGAACUCUGCCACGGAAAGCUCAGACAGCAUUGAGAUCUACGUCCCUGAGGCCCAGACACGCCUCUGAGAACGGACCACCAUUGGCACCCUGCUCCCCCCCAUUAAGGAACAGCCACACACACACACACACUAGCAAACACGCAGACAC